AUGGCAUCAGGGACGGUAGCGAAUGCUACUCCUUCAGGAGGCUCAAAUGAUGUGAGCCUGGAGGAACCAAAGAAGAUGACAAGGGAAGACUGGAGGAAAAAGAAGGAACUAGAAGAACAAAGAAAACUAGGAAAUGCACCUGCUGAGGUGGACGAAGAAGGAAAGGAUAUCAAUCCUCAUAUUCCUCAGUACAUCUCCUCAGUACCUUGGUACAUAGAUCCUUCUAAAAGACCUACACUAAAGCAUCAGAGACCUCAGCCGGAGAAGCAGAAACAGUACAGCUCCUCUGGAGAUUGGUACAAGCGAGGAGUUCAAGAGCACGCCAUAGCAACUCGGUACCGUAAAGGAGCUUGCGAGAACUGCGGUGCGUUGACACACAAAAAGAAAGACUGCAUGGAGAGACCCAGAAAAGUUGGAGCAAAAUACACAGGCAUGAAUAUUGCACCAGAUGAACAUGUGCAGCCUCAGCUGAUGUUUGAUUACGACGGAAAGCGAGAUCGUUGGAAUGGUUAUAACCCAGAAGAGCACAUGAAGAUUGUAGAGGAGUAUUCCAAGGUUGAUUUGGCCAAACGUACGCUGAAAGCCCAGAAGCUUCAGGAAGAGUUAGCAUCAGGAAAGCUGGAGCAAGUGAGCUCCCCAAGACACCAGUGGGGAGAAGAGGAGCCAAACUCGCAGACAGAAAGAGAUCACAACAGUGAAGACGAAGAUGAAGAUAAAUACGCAGAUGACAUUGAUAUGCCUGGGCAGAACUUUGACUCUAAAAGACGGAUCACAGUUCGAAAUCUACGCAUUCGGGAAGACAUUGCAAAAUACUUGAGGAACCUAGAUCCAAACUCUGCUUACUAUGAUCCCAAAACAAGAGCAAUGAGGGAGAACCCAUAUGCCAAUACAGGCAAGAACCCAGAUGAAGUUGGUUACGCAGGUGACAACUUUGUCCGCUACACUGGAGAUACCAUUUCAAUGGCACAGACUCAGUUGUUUGCUUGGGAGGCUUAUGACAAAGGCUCCGAAGUUCAUCUUCAAGCAGACCCUACAAAAUUAGAGCUACUUUAUAAAUCCUUCAAAGUGAAAAAAGAAGACUUCAAGGCACAGCAGAAAGAAAGCAUCCUAGAGAAGUAUGGAGGACAAGAACAUCUGGAUGCCCCACCAGCUGAGCUGCUGUUAGCUCAAACAGAAGAUUACGUGGAGUACUCCAGGCAUGGAACAGUCAUCAAAGGACAAGAGAAAGCUGUUGCUUGCUCUAAAUACGAAGAGGAUGUAAAGAUCAACAACCAUACAUGCAUUUGGGGUUCGUACUGGAAAGAAGGCAAGUGGGGUUACAAAUGCUGCCACUCAUUUGUCAAGUACUCCUACUGUACAGGAGAAGCUGGGAAGGAAAUCGCUAGCACUGAAGCAAGCUUACUGGAAGAGCAACCCGGGGAGGAAGAACACCUGACAAAACCCAAAACGCUGAUGGAGAUCCACCAGGAGAAACAGAAAGAGAAGAAAAAGAAGAAGCACAAGAAGAGCUCAAAUUCCGACAGUGAGGGUGAAGAGAAAAAGAAGCAAGAAAAACUUAAAAAGGCCCUAAAUGCAGAAGAGGCUCGUCUUCUCCACGUUAAAGAGAUCAUGCAGUUGGAUGAGAGGAAGAGACCAUACAACAGCCAGUAUGAGACCAGGGAACCGACGGAAGAGGAGAUGGAAGCCUACAGAAUGAAACGCCAGAGACCAGAUGAUCCCAUGGCCUCUUUUCUGGGACAGUAG